AUGGAGCUAUCUGACAACCAGAUCAUAGUGCCGGCCUUGGCCUCUCUCAGCUAUGACCCUAUCCAUGGUGGAUGGAGUGUGAUAGGUCUAGUCGUUGAUGAUGAUGCCUCCGCACAGAUUCCGCAAGCUGGGGUAACAGAUCCAUUCCCUACCAAUAGUCAAGAUACGGCAGAUGCAUUUUGGCAAGAUAUGCAGUUUUUCGAGCCGGACCCGUCCGUCGUUUGCGAGUUGACUCAACCAGUCGGAUAUAUUUUCCACGAAGAUCCACUAGUAGUGUACUUUCCGGAUUUCCUUGCACCAAACAUGAUAGCACACAUACUCGAUUCCACUCACGAGCAAUACGAACCAUCCUAUGUAUACAGUGAACGCGGUACAGAGCAGGAUGACAGCUUUCGCUCGUCACAGAGUGCAUUCCCCCCCAGGGACGAGGUGCUAAAAUGUCUUGAGCAGCACGCGCAAGCAGCCCAGUCGUGGGAGGAGAACAUGAAGUUGGAGGCCAUUUCUGUACAGCAAUACCUAGAGGGCGGUUUCUUUCAACUCCACCAUGACACUCUCAUUGAUGAACAGCCUGGCGCGCCGUCUCGAGCCUCGACAUUCAAUGUCUACUUGAAGUCGGAUUGCACUGGGGGGGGCACGCAUUUCCCCAAAUUGCCUCGACCCCAGGACGAAUCAUGGUGUCAAUUCAUCGAUUGUGACUCGGCAGAAGAUGGUGUUGUGUUUAAGCCGAUUGCUGGAAAUGCCGUGUUUUGGAGCAACACACGAUUGGACGGCAGCUUGUACGAAGAAACUCUUCAUCAAAGUCUUCCUGUCCUUUCUGGGGUAAAGGUUGGAUUGAACAUCUGGACUUGGGUCUUUCCUGAUGAUGAAAAGAAGACAUGA